AUGCGAGUCUCAAGAAAAAAUCAGUUCCCUGGAGCUUGGACUUCCCCUGCUUGUAUCUGUUUCUUCCAUUUUUAUAAAAGAAAUAUCCCUUCUUUACCUUUAGCCUCCAAUGUGAUAACUGAUCAGACAGAGCUGCGGAAAAUCAAGUGCAUGGAGAAGACGGGAAUCAGCAUAACGAGAGAGCUCAUGUGGUGGUGGGGAGUGAGGCUAGCAACAGUCCAACAGUUACUGGAACUUCUCCAAGCACUGCAGCUCUACCGAGCGGCACAAGUGAUUCUGGACUGGGUAUCAGUCUCUAACAUUACUAAUGCUGCCAGAGUGCCAUUAGAGUCACCUAAACAGGAGAACAUACCCUGUUAUCCCACAGAAAACAAAAAUAAAGCCAAAGAAAAUGAGAUUGGACCAUCACCAGACUUACCACACUUGUGUGUGUUAGCAGUACCUAAUCCAGUUUCUGGAGGAAUCUCAGACUCACUCCCCUAUCCAUUACCUCCCCCAGAGGACCUUAUGCACUCCCUACAAUCAAAUCCUCCUCAUUCAUCGAGUGUGAAGCCCUGUGGUUCUUCCAGUCCUCAGCAGGAAACGAUUGCUGAUCUCCCUAGUGGGUGCCUUUUGUGGACCCCGGGGGAAGUGAUAAAUGCUACCAAUGGUUUCAGUGAGGAGAACCGAAUUAAUGAAGGUAUUUUUGCUGAGGUCUACAAAGGUCAGAGACACAAUGCAGUAUACGUCAUUAAAAGGCUCAAAGAGCUGGAAUGUACAAGCCAGAAUUCAACACAAAGAUUCUUUCAUACAGAAGUACAGAUUUGCCUUCGGUGUUGUCACAUUAACAUUUUACAACUAGUGGGUUUCUCACUAGAAAGUGGAUAUCACUGUCUGAUAUACCCCUACAUGGAUAAUGGAUCACUUGAAAACAGACUACAGUGUCAGGUUGGUUCCAUGCCAUUAACAUGGGAGAAACGCAUCACAAUUUCUAUAGGACUUAUCCGAGCCAUUCAGUAUCUCCAUAACUUUGGGAUUCUGCAUGGGAAUGUCAAGAGCUCCAAUGUUUUGCUGGAUGAAAACUUCACACCAAAACUUGGACAUUCAGGUCUCCGACUGUAUUCUGUGGAAAAAAAAUCAGACUAUGCUAUGAUGAAAACCAAAGUUUUACAAGCUUCCCUCACUUACCUGCCAGAAGAUUUUGUCAGGCAUGGACAGCUAACACAAAAAAUUGACAUCUUUAGUUGUGGAAUAGUUUUAGCAGAGAUGCUGACGGGCACUAAGGCAAUGGAUGAAGGAAGAACCCCUAUUUAUCUGAAAGAUGUAAUUGCUGAUGAAAUCCAAACAGCAAAAGCAAGUUCAUGCUCCAAGCACAAAAUCUUUGAAAAUCUUGCUGCCAAGGAAAUAUGCUGUAAAUAUCUAGACAGGAAGGUGGGACACUUGCCAUCAGAAAUUGCUGUUCUCUUUGCCACUGCCAUCUGCCUUUGUCUGCGGAAAAAGAAUCCUGACCUAGCAGAGGUGCAUGAAAUGAUGAAAAUGGCUGAACAUAAAAUAAGAGAUCAGAGCCUUCUUGAAGGCAGCACUUUUUCUGGAUUCUCCAUUAAUACCCCAGAAGAAACAGAUGACGAGACAGCUAGUCACAAUUAUAGUUCUUCAGGUGAUAGCAAUGAGGACAGUGCAACAGCAAGGUCCCUGAAGUGUGCAAAUUCAUCCCCACCUUUACUAAGAGUCAUGCCACCUGAAAUGUACAAUGGACAGAUGUCACGGGUCCCUUGCGAAUCGGAUGAAUCGAGUAGUUUUGUAUGGGAUCCUGAAGAGGGUUCUGCAUAUGGCCCACCUAACAGUGGCUGUACUGAUCCAGAAAAUGCCACAUCCUCUCAUUCCGGGAGAAAUGCUGAAAUAUGUACUGGUGGCUUCCAAGAAAAAAAUGUGGCAUCCAGUGAAAAUAAAAAGACUUUGGAAAUGGUAUCUCCUGCAGAAAGAAUGGUUUCUUCAACCCUUGACCCUUCAUGUUCUUCACAAGGAUUAGCCAAAGAAACCUCUUGGGAAAUAAAGAUCAAUGAUAAAAAAAAGAAGCUUAUGGAAAAUAUUUUACUAUAUGAAGAAGAAAAGUUAAACAGCUCUGAACUCUUUGAAUCUCAAACAUGACUGAAUUAUCAACAGUGGCAUCUUGGAAGAAGAAAUUGGGAAUCUUUUUCUGGUAGCAAAAUGGUAAAAGCUAAACCACACACUUCAUGUAAGGUUAAGUAGUAUAUUUUCAACAGACAUGUUAACUCUCUUUAGAGAAAAAGAAUAGCCACAUAUCAGGUGAUUCCAAGAGAAUGUCUGCUACAGUGUGGAUUAAAGCAGAAUGCAACUUUUACACCUCUAGCCUGAUAUAACGCUGUCCUCGGGAGCCAAAAAAUCUUACCGUGUUAUAGGUGAAACUGCGUUAUAUCGAACUUGCUUUGAUCCGCCGGAGUGUGCAGCCCUGCCUCUCUGGAGCGCUGCUUUACCGCAUUAUAUCCGAAUUCGUGUUAUAUCGGGUCGCGUUGUAUCGGGGUAGAGGUGUAUGAUCAGAAAAAUUAGCAUUGUCCUCUUUCUCCUUGCCUUACUGUGCUGAAAAAAAAUAAAAAUUGCCAAACUGAGACAAUUGUCUGAAUUGGCUGAGGGCAAGCUCUGUUUUGCACUGCACUUCAUAAAGCAUUUGUGUACAGUAUAUUUCUUUUAUGACCAAUUAGGAUCCUGCACACGCUACAGCAGGCAUUCAUUACAUACUAGUUGGCAGUACUCUGUAAUAUCCAUUGCAUCUAGUAUUCACACGGUGAUCAAUGGGAACUACUUUUCACUCUUUCAAAACAAAGUAACUAAAAAUGUACCUAGUGUCAUAUAAUCUUAUUCCACAUUCUCGAUUGUACUCCAUAUCCUAGAAGAUGUGGUGGGUUUUUGUUUUUUAAGGAAAGUUCUCUGCUGAAUUCUGUAUGAUUCCAUCUCCAGCUGCAUUGCAUUGAAAACGGAUGUUUGGACAAUUUUACAUCUUAAUGAUAGAACACUCUGGAACUGUACAUAUAUGAAUAUGUAAUAUCAAACAGCUACACUGAGAGAUGGUGUACACUGACUCCCUCUGUAGCCUUGAGAAAGUCAUUUACUCUCUCUGUGCCUCAAUUUUCUCAUUUGCAAAAUAGGGUUAAUACCUCACUAAGCUGUUUGAGAGUUAUAUAGCAUUUUACAAACAUUAGUUAAGUGCUAUUAAUAUGAUUACUUGUUUCAUACUGUAGCUUUUGUUGUAAAUGUAUAUUUUGGAUUUUGAUAUGAUUCAAUAUUUUAAUUUAAAACCUAUUUAAUUUUUUAUGGAACUCUUGAGUUUGGAUUUGUAAAGGGCCUGAGGCAAUGAUUAAAACAAUCACCUAAAGAUUAAUUAGUUAAAGGGCUGGAUCUUGAAGCCUUUACUCACCUGAGUAGUCCUAAUGAAGUAGCUGAUUUCAGUGUGCCUGCUUACUUGAUCAAGAGCUUCAGAAUUAGGCCCAGUGUUUGUGAUCACUUUGAA